UAGGGCGGAUGAUUUGGUACUAGGGCCGAUGAUUUGGUACUAUCCCGGAUGGCGGCUGCCGCAGCGAGUAGAGGGUUCCGUGCCAAAUUGGGCCUCCGUGAGAUUCGUAUUCACUUAUGCCAGCGCUCGCCCGGAAGCCAGGGAGUCAGGGACUUCAUCGAGAAACGCUAUGUGGAGCUGAAGAAGGCGAACCCCGACCUGCCCAUCCUAAUCCGCGAGUGCUCCGGUGUGCAGCCCAAGCUAUGGGCCCGCUACGCAUUUGGCCAAGAGAAGAAUGUCUCUUUGAACAACUUCAGUGCUGAUCAGGUAACCAGAGCCCUGGAGAAUGUGCUAAGUGGCAAAGCCUGAAGCCUCCACUGAGGAUUAAGAGCAAGAGCCCCAGAGCCUGAGCUCUGCUGGACUGAGUACAAUGUGGAGAAAUGUGUUCUUCUGCUCUUUAUAAAGCUUGUGCUGAAAAUGCUGUCUCAGGAUGUUCUGCUUCUCAUUCCACCGACUACCCCUUAUUGUGCAAUCAAAUAAGGCACAGCAGCUGAAUAUAAAAAUAAAACUUAUUUUAAUCCGUCCCAUCAAAA